CUUUUGGACUCAUAGAAGCAAAAGCCUCAUUCUAUCCCACUACAUCCUCAAACUUUGUAAACGUUUUCAUCCACGGAAUGGGGACCAGGCGUCUGACUGCAGAUGACUACAUGGAUUCUGGAGCCGAAACAGGAGAGUCAGACUGCAGUCCAAUGUCAUCUAUUGGCAGUCAACUUUCUCUGGAGGGAUCUCAAGACCCUUUUCUUGUUGUGAUCCACCUUAUCACUAAUCCAGGAUGCUCAGACAUUUUGCAUAAUACAAUUCACAAGCUUCUUCAGUGGGUCACUCCAGAUUGGCCGUUGUUUUGUGCAGCAGAGCGAGCAUCUCCACUUCAAUGCAAAAAAUCUUACCCAAGUGUCUUUAUUCAGCCUGCACUGGCAGUUAUAAUCUUCCUCCAGGAGAAGUAUGGUGACAAGCGAAUCUUGCAACUGCACGACUAUUUGCUUCAUCCGCCUUGGCAGUACCAUCAUACAGAACAUUUCACUGGGAAAAUUCUUCCGUAUAUGCCUUGCACCCAGGACUUCUUCAGCCUGGCUGAUGGUAUGCCACUCUGGGCUAUCAGACAGAUGCACUACGGCAAGGAGAUCAUUCGCUACACCAUAUACUGUAGUUUUGAUCAUUUUGAAGACAUGGUUGCAUUAUAUAAGGUAAUCUUAGCGCACAAGGUCUCCUAUUCCAAGUCAGACUUCUGUUACUUUACACUGUAUUCAACCUCAAAUACAGAUCUUCAACUUUCAUUCAAAAAGCUUCCCAAGGACAUGUUUCCCACUCCGACUGAGUCAACUAUUUUGGAAUUCAGAGUACAAGAGCUCGCUCAGGUGGUUGCUAUGUUACCCAAACCCUGUAGUCCGAUCAGUGAUAUUAGAUGGCAAACCGAGGAUUAUGAUGGGAACAAGAUUUUACUACAGGUAAAAUGGUGCAGUUAUGUGUGUGAUUUAAACUUGAACAGUUUAAAACUUUAUUGUAUUAUUGCAGCUGAUAACACUAAUGUCUUUAUAGGUGUUUUGCACUAAUUUGGUAGCGUUUCACAUUGAAGAGUAACCCUUCACAAAUUUAUAC